AGUCACCAGACAAAAGAAACUUCACCUGUCAUGUCUUGGUUCUGAAACAGAGAAACCCAGAAAACAAAAAAACAAAUUUGGGAAAAUUUUCAACUUUUCACAGUAAAAAAGUUUUCCUUCUUUGCCAUUUUUGGUAAAAACAACACAAAACCCACAAUAAAAAACAAAAAAAAAACUGAACAUAAAACUGAGUUUUUCAGUUUCUUUGUUUGGUUCAUCAAUUUCAAAAUGGCUUCUUCAGAUCUGUAUAUCUUUGAUGGUUCUUCCUCAUCUUCUUCCUCAGUUUUCCGAAAUUCUAGUCCAGAAAUGUUUUCUUCAGACACAACAACUACAGAUUUGUUCUGCAACAAUGAACUCUACUCUGUCGAUGAGUCUCUCAGCAUUUUUGACCAUUUUACCCCUCACCUCCUCUCUUCAUCUCCUCCAAGCGACCUUCUCGGAACCUUAACUCUCUCUAAUCAAAUUCCCACCGGAAUAUAUCCAGAUUUCUCCGACGCCAUCAAAACAGAGCACUUUUACGGCGGCUCCGGUCAUAAUCAAACGGAAACGGUUGCAUCAAUGGCGAGAAGUUACAGUGCAAUAGAGAAUGCAGGGAGAUAUAUGCAGAGAAGCUUUAGCAGCAAUUCGGUCGACGGAAAACCAAAUCAGAUUCCGUUCGACAACAUUCCGAUAAUGGAUUCUUCAAAUCUCCAUUACAAUACAUUGAACUCGCCUGAAAGUGACUUCUUUUCCGGUCAGAUGAUGCGGCGAGUCUACAGCACAGGAGAUUUGCAGACUCUAAGAAGCAAUUUCACAGAGCAGAGAUCGUCGGAGAACUCGUCGAUGCCGUUUUCCGAUGAACAGAACUUUAAGGUGAGACGUUACAGUGCAGAAGAACGUAAAGAGAAAAUCUCAAAGUACAGGGCUAAACGAAAUCAGAGAAACUUUACCAAAACUAUAAAGUAUGCAUGCCGGAAAACACUGGCGGAUAGUAGACCUCGCAUACGUGGCAGAUUCGCACGCAACGACGAAAUUGUAGAAAUCCCCAACGUUGAAGACGACGACGCCGAGCUUUGGAAAUUAGAUGGGAUGCAUGAAGAAGAGGAAGCUUUUGUGAGCAACUUUGUGGUUCAACAGUCUAAUUUGCAAUACACAACUUCGUCGUCUUCUUCUUCUUUCUGGUGAAAAACACUUUUAAUAAUAAGAUCAACGGUCCAAUAAUUUUUAGAAGAAUGUAAAUUUAAAUAAGUUACAUAUUGUAUUUGUUUUUGGUUGUUUAACUUUUUGUUUCUAUUGAAAAUGACUUGUCAAUUGUCCUUUUUUUGUGUGUGAAUGUUUGAAAUUUAAGAAUUUAA